AUAAUUAUUGGUUUUUCCUGGCAUGUUUCACUCUUUGACUAUGUCCGCAUAUAUAUACAAUAUAUAUUAAAUUCCCACUCUUGCAAAUACAUUAAUACAAACAAUCACAUAUAUGCAAUUAAAAUUGCAUGAUCAUCUUAAGAUAUAAUCACAGAAGCAUAUUGUAUAUUUUAUAACUUGCUCAUGCCAUUUCUGGAUAUACAUUUGAUUCUUCAAAUGAAAAGACCCUACACCUGAAUCGAGGUUUUGAAACCACAGCGGCGAGGGACAAUGUCAACGACCAUAACAACCAGGCCACGGAGGUCCCACAAUUAGUAAUUUGAUGAAACACCAGUUACUGACUGCAAUUUACCAGCCGAACAAGUAACUUCACGUAUAUUUUUUUUUUCUUCAAUAAAGUGCACGACUUGGCUCUUAAAUCAUGAUCUACAUUAACAUUUGUAAAUUUCAAUAUCUUAUAUUGUAUAUGAACACGGUAUUAUGCAUAAAUAGUUAUGUUUUAAAUAAUUAGAGGAUAAAGUGAUUUCUAAAAAUUAAAGUUGGUAAUCAACGAAAUUCACCUCCUUGAUUGGAAGGAACUAGGUUUUAUUUCUUUUUCUGAUUUCUUCCUUUUAGCAGAAAUAUUAUGAACAUGAAACAAGAAAAAAGGAGUACUAAAAUAUUUGUACGAUUUUAUUGAAACUUUUUGAGGAAUAAAUUUCAUUCAUUCAGCCUUAAUAUUGCGUGUGUGAAAAGUUAGAUAUAUAAGAAGCGUACCACAAUUGUCUGGACACUUCAAGUUGGAUAUUUCUUUACAUUCCAUAAAGAUUUUGACAAAACAUUUUUACGAAAAUGAUGCGUAGAUUGUUCAUCUUUGCAAUUUUUGUCUUUGUCGGUUUUGUACAAUCUUUCAACUACAAGGACGAAAUAGCUCAAGGAACAUGUACAUCACUCAUCACGGAACCUGAUCAUGUAUAUGCUGUACGACGAACAUGCACCUCGAACGCCGCAGACACUUGCGACACAGUGUGCAGUAAAAUGGGGAAAACUUGCUUCAACUCAUUACAUGUGUAUAAUGGUGUGGAACUAACAGCGUCAGACACCGGUAAAGAAGCUCUACAUACCUAUAGGUACAACAGCUGUGAGUCAGCUGGCUGCGGGCCAAACUUCUGUUGCUGCUCUGGAUUGUAAUUUUGAACAAGCAUUUUAGAUACAAGUUGUGGCAUAGCCGUCGGAUGAUAUGAUGAAAAACAAUUACGAUUCUCUUAUAUUUUAAUCCAAUUUCCCACAUUCUGUAACAUAGAUAUAUUCAUGCUUUUAGCUUCAAGAUCGUAUCAUUGGUCCUGAUCUCUAGUUUGUCCCUGCCUCACUGCCUCUCAUAGCAAUUGUCUACUCUUUAGAGAAACCGACAAAA